AUGCCCGACACUACCCUCACGCCGAACUUUUCACUGACCAACUAUGUGCAGUUUUUUGCGGCUGGCGGCUUGUGCGCGACGCUCACGCAUGGCGGCCUGACGCCCAUUGAUGUCGUCAAGACGCGACUGCAACUGGAGCCGGCCGGCAGCAAAGCGACGAUGAUGAGCAUGACGCGCAGCAUUGUCGCUAGCGACGGUCCCGGCGGCCUGUUGGCAGGCUUUGGUCCCACAGCAGUGGGCUACCUAAUCCAGGGUGGCGCCAAGUUCUGCGGCUACGAGUUCUUCAAGAAACAAUCGAUCGACUUUCUCGGGGACGAGGCGAAGGUCCGCGAGUACCGCCAGCUGAUCUAUCUUGGCUCAGCGAGCGCUGCCGAGGUGAUUGCUACAACCCUACUUACGCCCCUGGAGGCCGCGCGUAUCCGUCUCGUGUCGGAGCGCGGCUACGCCCGCGGCCUCGCAGGCGCCUUGACGCGCCUGUGGUCUGAGGGCGGCUUGGGCGGCUUCUAUGCUGGCUAUGUGCCGAUCCUGUUUAAGCAGGUACCCUAUGCCAUCGGACAGUUCUACACGAACGAGAUGAUGCACAACCUAGUGAACAAGACUGUGUCGCCAGAGACUCUGCGGAAGACAGGCAAGGCUGGUGAAAUCACCGUACAGCUUGGGUGUGGCCUGACCGCUGGUGUGGCGGCGGCUGUGCUCUCGCACCCGGCCGACACGCUCCUUUCCAAGAUCAACAAGGGUGGUGGCGGUCGCGGCUCUGCGCUGAAGAAGCUGUGGGUGCUCGCGAAGGAAGCAGGACCUAUGGGAUCCUCAUGA